AUGGCACCUGUCUCUUGUUUGGCCGGGCCUGACAAGCAAAGCAGAAGCAAGACAGAUGUCAGGUCUGCUCUGAAUACCCUCUCCGCGCUGGAUGCCAUCUUUUCAGACAGUGAGUAUGAAAGUGGCUCUGUCAGUGACAAUGAAGAUGACAACAACAGCCAGCUCACCUCUGAACACUACCUGGCCUUAGCAGAGAGUCUUGAUAUCACUCAGCUUUGA